AGGAACUCGGUGGGCAAUGGUUUGAAUAAAGGUGCUUCAGCUAUUGUUUAUUGGGAGCUUUGGAAAGAGCGUUGUAGAAGGAUUUAUGAGGGGUUGAGAAUAACUCCUAAUAUGGUCAUACAGAAGGCGAAAAAAUGGUUGGGACAUUAUGCAAGGAUCAUUAAGCCGAAAGUUAAGGGGAGUUUACAGGAGCAAGUAACUCUCCGAUGCCUUAAUGCUAGUAUUAAGCCUGUGUUGAUGGAGAAAUGGGUGAGAUGGGAUCUGCCUAAUGAUGGGGAGUUAAAGUUGAAUGUGGAUGGAGCUUGCAAGGGGAAUCCGGGAAUUUCGGGAGGAGGGAUGGUUUUUAGGAAUCAAUGGGGAUAA